AUGGGCUUAGAAAACAUGCGACGUUGGCCAAUGUAUAUUGUAUUUGCUGUUUGUUUCUUACUGACCCUUUCACUCUUCAAUAGCUGGAGUAUGGAGACAGAAUUACAAAACAAAUUGACUGAGCUUAGCACGCAACUGCAAGAAUGUUCAAAACAUCAAACAACGUGCAUGGAAGAUUCGUUGCGGCACAUUCAGGAAAAAGAUAGUUUUAAUUCCAAAAUUAAUGACUUAGAAAAUCAGAAAAUUCAGUUAAGUAAUGAUUUGUUAGAUUAUAAAGAUAAAAUGUCGAAAUCUGAAACUAAAAUAAACCGCACAUUAGUUGAUGUGGAGCUUUGUAAAACAGAACUACAAUCUUUGCAAAACUUACAACUAAGCAAAUCUGCUACACUUGAGACUCUCCGGUUAGAAAAAGAAACUUUAACUAGCCAAUUAGAAGAACGUAAACAGAAGGUAGAGGAAUUGGAGAAAGAAAUGUUAAGGUUAAAAUCAUCAAUCACAACUAAAAGUGCACCAAACCCUCCUGCACCAUCUAAAGUAACACCAGCAGCUCAGCCUCCAAAAUUAAGCUCUUCUCUUAAUGCCCUCAAUCCAGUGAAUGAACCUGUUCUUGAAGAUAAUGCUAAAGAAGAAAUUGAAGAUGCAAAUGUAGAUUUUGAUCAACAAUUUCAAUAA